UCGCAUAUUCCGCGAUGUGACGUUGUACAGGAACAUGGCGCUUUAGAGGAGAGGUGUUUUAUGAUAGUCAGGGGUAUUGAUUAAUUUCGCGUUGUUCGUCUGAAUGACAUUCGGGCAUAUACACCAAAUAUGUCAUGUCGUGAGAGACGAUCGCUCAUUUUGUCUCUAUGGACAACGCAACACUAUAACUCGUAGCGGUGUUUGCUGUCGUCAGCUAAAACUGUUAGUAUUGACAUGCUAGCUGAGGCUAGUUAGCAGGCUAAUAGCAAGUCGCUAACAGAGAAAAUAUGCCAGUUUUUGUAGCCUACACCGCGAGUGGUUAUAUAUUGUCAUAUCGGCCAUUUGUUAUUUAGGACGACUAUUCCUAGUAGCUAACCCUUCGUUAGCUUCGCCGGGAGGAUGGAGAGCCGCCAUGGAUGUGUGUUGUUGCUGGCCAGUUGGAUUUUUCUAUCGGCGUUUUGGCUGUCUGAAGGUGCCCCUCUUCUCUAUCCCCACGAAUCAGGUGGAAGCGCUGGGGGCACCUUGUCAGUACCUUUCUACCUGCCCCUCGUGGUGUCGCUGACGGCCCUUGUGGCGUUAGUGGUGCUGCUUGUGAACUGCGUGACCUGCUGCAAGGAAAGGGAGAUCAACUUCAAGGAGUUUGAGGAUCACUUUGAUGAUGAGAUCGACUUCACGCCACCAGCAGAGGACACACCUUCUAUGCAGUCUCCAGCUGAGGUCUACACCCUCGCUGUGUCCCCCGUGGCCCUCCCUGGACCCCCACACCUCCAACCUGCAGCCCGCAUCCCAGAGGUGGCGACAGGCUUUCAGGUUGCUCGUCACAGCCUCAGUUACAUCCAGGAGAUCGGCAAUGGCUGGUUUGGCCAGGUCCUGCUGAGUGAAAUCUACACAGAUCCAGGCGGGAGCCGAGUGGUGGUGAAGGAGUUGAAAGCCAGUGCAACCUCCAAGGAGCAGAAUGACUUCCUGCAGCAGGGGGAUCCAUACAGAGUGCUGCAGCACCCAAACAUCCUCCAGUGCCUCGGGCAGUGUGUCGAGGCCAUUCCCUUCCUGCUUGUUUUUGAAUACUGUGAAAUGGGGGAUCUGCGGGGCUUUCUGUCUCAGCAGGACUGGAUGUUCCGAAACGCUGAGCUGCUGCAGCUGCAGAAGAUGGCCUGUGAAAUCGCUGCUGGUGUCACUCACCUUCACAAACACAACUUCCUGCACAGUGAUUUAGCUCUGAGGAACUGCUACCUGACUGCAGAUCUUACAGUCAAAGUGGGAGACUAUGGAAUUGGACCCUACAGAUAUAAGGAAGAUUACAUCAUCACAGAGGAUGAUGUGUUUGCUCCUCUUCGCUGGUUGGCUCCUGAACUGGUGGGUGAACGCCACGGGGGGGUGAUUACUAUGGAGCAGACGAAGCCUGGCAACGUGUGGGCCUUGGGGGUCACAUUGUGGGAGCUCUUUGAGAAUGCAGAUCAACCGUACCCGCAUCUGUCUGACCGAGAAGUUCUCAAUCAUGUGAUCAAGGAGCAACAAGUCAAACUCUUUAAGCCACAGGUGGAUCUGCCUUAUUCUGACAGAUGGUAUGAGGUCCUGCAGUUCUGCUGGCUGUCCCCUGACAAACGAGCCACAGCAGAGGAAGUGCAUCGUUUGCUUAUUUAUCUGCGCAUGCAAGGCCAGAAGGACAUGGAAGAAGAUUUUGAGCAACGCUGGGAUGCUCUUAAGCCAAACCCCUCUGCUCGGCAGACCACCGUUAGCCACUCCUCCUUCCCAAUCUUGGACCAGUUUGCUGAAGACGCUAUGCGGCAAGAGAUCGACGAAGUUCUUACCGUCACAGAAACUAGCAAAGGUCUCAGCUUUGAGUAUGUUUGGGAGGCAGCUAAGCACGACCACUACGAUGGCAGCCAUGGCCGCUCAGGCAUGGACACAACGUUGAAUUACCACAGCAUGUUCUUUCCAGUUUCCAGUGAAGAUAUUCAGGCCCAUUUCCCUGAUCCUGUUGCCAGAGCAGCAGCAGGAGAAAGUAGUACAGCUCCUUCAGGAAUACCUGGGAUUGUACCUGUGUUUGAUGCACAGAAGCCGUCCAAUGGAAAUGAAUAUUACAUACAGCUAGAAGAACAGGGGGAGAGCACCGUUGGGGAAGGUGGAAAUAGAGAACGGGACAUGGACUUUGGUUCAGGACGACAAGACUUUGUUGUUCUCCAAGACGUUCGUCUCGAUGAGUCCAGCACAGAUGCAGAUUUCUUUCACCAAAGUAUUGACUCUAAGGAUUCCUAUUUACCAGACAGUCACAUUUGGUCGUCUCUUGAAAAUGACAGCCCGUACCACACGAACAUUUUUACAGAUGAAGCCUCGAAGCAUGAGGACUCCCCGUCCUGGAGACAGAGCUUUAUGGAGCUUCCAGAGCGCAAUGGGAACCCAUUCCUUGAAGGUGAACCUUCAGGCGUCAGGGAGGCGGGUUCUUUUUUAGAGGACUGUGUAGGAGCCACUCACCCAGCAGAUGCUCUGAAAGUGGAGGGGGAGAUGAGGCUUCUGAACUCUGAAAAACUUUCUGACAACUUUCUGUUUCUCAAAGACCACAACACGAUGAAGGAAGGAUCAGGUUUCUCAAGUACGCUUAAUAAUUUUCUUUCACCUGGCAUUGCUCAUGAACCUGAGGAAAGAUUCAAAAUGAGUUCUUGGAACAAUCUUGACAUAUUAGACAGCUCAAACAUGCAUAACAUAGCAGAUGCCUAUUUAAAACCGGCAGCAAGUAGCACAUCCUUAAGAGAAGACCUUUUAGACCCUUCAAAAACCAGUUUAGAGGAGUUUUGUCAGUCUCUUUUAGAAAAUGAAACACCAGUGCCUUCAAUUACAGUGGUCACAGAAAAUACCACAAGCAACCAGCUGCUCAUUAGAACUAGUUCUUCCAUCGAAGAUCUUGAUCCACUACAAUCCUCAAACAGAGGCGCAGACUCUGGUUUUGAAUCCAAAUCAGAGACGUUCAAGGUCACCAUUGGUAAAACACAUGGCCACGAUCUGGAACUCUCUGAAAGUACCACUACAGACUCAAUGUGCACAGAUGCCAAGAUUCCAAGCCUUGAAGAUGACCUUGAAACCUCAAAGCAUAGUGCUGAGCCCAUAGGAUGUCAAACGCCUAUAAACCUGCAUGUCCCAGCCUUGUCCUUAGACGACAGGCACAAUGAAGACCUGACGAAUAAUGAUCUGCUGAGCGAACUUACUGAGGAUGCAGAUACUGAAAUGGAAGCCACUCUGUCUGACCAGGAAGAAUCAUUCAUAGAUACAAACGGGGGUCCUCACAUUAGGGCUUCCCUGUUAGUCUCUGGUCCGUCUUUGGACCAGAUCAGCCAGGACAGCUUACUGGAAGACAGUAUGUCCCCCACUUUACCAACUGUAGAUAAUUCAGCUGAGACGCCAGACUCUUUGAACUCUCUUGACAUCCACAGGUUUGGAGAACACGGUGAAGAGCUAAAUGCUCAGGUAACUCAGCACAAACUCCAGCCGCCGUACAAAAUAUCAGACAGUGGGUAUGAAACUGAGAAUCUAGAGUCUCCAGAGUGGAAUUUCCAGCCUAAUGUCAAAGACCAAUCCCCUUUGAAAAAUGGUGUUAGCGUUGCCAAAAAGGAAGAGGAGGCAGAAAAGCCCACAGCUGCAAAUCUGGUUCCACCAGAAAUUAUCAUUUCUGAGGUGGAAGGUGUGCUGGAUAUUCACAGUGAGGAACCAGGCAACGGCUGGCAACCAGAUCAUGCAGGUCCUCCAGAGGAGCUGCCCAUGGGCAGCAAUUACCGUGACUCUGCCUACUUCUCAGACAAUGAAUCAGAAUCUGAGAAGAAGUCUGAGGAGACAGCUGCAGGAGUCUCUGCUGAAGUGUCAUGGCUGAGCAGCUCUCCUGAUGAGUCCGGCGAGGCCUCUGAUGGUCUGACAAAGAAAGUUAGUGCUGAGAGAGAUGCUGAGCUUUUACUUACUGAACAAGAGGCCGCUUUAGCUGCUGAAACAAAUGAGCCUGAAGUUCAAACUGAGAGAAAAUUGCCCCAGGCUGAUUUACUUAUCACAGAUCAGUGUGAGCCAGUGGUGGUCAGUGGUCAUAAGGCUUUUAAAGAGGAAACAUUUGGUGGUCAGUCAUCUGAAGAUUUGGAAAUCUUAAGUUCUGCAACCUUGUCCAAGGCAACACUAGGGAGUGCAGUUCAUACUAAACUAACCAGGACCUACGCGACUGAUGGCCACAAGAUAAAGGAGCCUGAUAUGGAGGGGCGCUACCUGGCAAGGCGGGACGGCUUGGGCUUAGAUGCACAGGUGAACGACAUCGAUGCGGACGAGGAGGACGAGAACAGCGACGACUCCGACGACGACAUUCGUGCGUAUCAGCCUCAAAGCUCCAGCUCGGAAAGCGAGGACGACGCGGUGCACACGGUGCCGCUCAUCGUCUCCGAUGACAGUGGUGCAAAGAACCUGAAAAGCUUGUUGAAACCCACGGCCCUGAACAUCGAGGCAUCGCCACUUCCUGCGAAGCUAAAUGCAGACGCUGCCAGAAGAGCGGUGUCCUUCUUCGAUGAUGUCACAGUGUACCUGUUUGACCAGGAGACUCCCACGAAGGAACUGGGCGGCCACUCCUCAAACAGUCAGGUGCCGGAACUCAGCAGUCCAGUUACCACUGCCAGCUACCUGAACCGGUUCGCCAACUCCGAAAGCUCCACCGAUGAAGAAGGCGGUGGCUUCGAGUGGGACGACGACUUCUCCUCCCCUCUACCUGCCUUCCUGCCCAAGGCCGAUAAAGAGCCGGCGUCCAAGGCCGUGGCCUCGUCUGCAGCCUCUCGCUUCUCCUCUCCUCCCCCGGCAGCGGGGCGCAUGCUGGAGCCCAGCUGGACCAGCUCCUCCAACUACUCACGCUUUUCCAUCUCACCCGCCAGCAUCGCAAGCUUCUCUCUUACACAUCUCACUGACUCAGACAUCGAACAGGGAGGCAACAGUGAAGAUGGAGAAAAAGACUAGUGUGAUAAAUGAAGGCGCGCUCGAUCGUCACACUACUAAUCUACACGCACUUUUUUUUAUUUGGAACGUAGAAUGCUGAAUAAGGACAGAUGUGUGUUCCCGUGUGCGCGGGGGAAACCGUGGCUGCUUCUCUCAGGCAGAACUGUUCUUCAUGGAGCUGGCCGUGGAGAACAAAGGUUAUAAAGUGACACUGAGCAAAUAAGACAGACUGGCCCCGUCCCAGCCUGAAUUACAUCACCUCUCCAGCCACAUCCGUGCGUGUGAUUUCUGUUCAGUGCAAUUCCACUUAGGGGGGAAAAAAGAAAUGACUAAAAAUGCCCCCGGCUUCUAAAUGUUUGCUUUAAAGACUCAUUAUUCCAGGUGCAUUCCAGAUGUUCGGCUGCUUCUUUUCGUUGUGUUUCUUGAGUGCACUCCAGGAUUUCACCAAAAAAAAAAAAAAACCCCAACAACUUCUGAAUUAAUAAAUUCAACUCACCAGGCUGACAAACUGAUCACUACAGCCAGUAGGAAUAAGCUCUUUGGUUGCAGCAGUUGUGUUUAUUUCAGUGGUUGCCUUUUUUAUUUAUUUAACAUGUUUUUGGAUGAGUAGUUGGGUGUUCUCACCAUCUCCUGUGUGGAGAGAAGCUAUUUGUGGUACUUUUCUGUAGCAGCAUUUGAAAAAGAAGAGUUAAAACUAGGAAGUGACAUCCACACACAGGAUAAAUGGAAAUGUAACUAUUCCUCAUCUGCGGCGGUGACGCACUGUAUGUUCCUCAAUGCUUUGAGAGGAACCUUUUACAGUUUCGUAUUUGAGACAUCUCUUAAAAAGCUGCAGGCGUUGGUCGUGUUCAUCCAUGAGAGCUUCAAAACUAUUUACUGAUUAUCUAAUGCUCUGAAUUGUGCAGCAGGUUGUUGGGUUGGUUGGUCGCAUCUCAACUACUCUUUCACUGAGUCUUAUCACGGUGCCUGUUGAUGCUGUAAAGACAGCUGCACUCUUUGAUUUAUUAUCACUACAGAAUUUCAAAUCACACAUUUGGUGGGAAUUUGUAAAAAGGUGGGAGAUUUUAUAUUUAAAUGUCAGAAUGAAGAAGUGUUUUGAGCUGUUUAAAAAAAAAAGAAAAAAAAGAUGUGCAAUAACUUUUCCUUUUGUGAUGAUGCGCGGGCUCAUGGGAGGGUCCGGUUUAUGUGGCGGUGUGUCGUCAGUCAAGUGCAGGGAUGUAAAAGAUGUUAAAAUCACUACUAGAACAAAAAACACACACGGCUGCUUUUAGCAACCUUAGUGUCAUGAACUGAGCUGUUUGCCUUUUUUUUUUUUUACUUUGUCAAACCUAACCUGUUGGAUCAUAUGGUAUUUUUAUGUACAGAUGGAGUAAUGAGCAUUUCAUCGCAGGCCUCGCGUUGUUUCUGUGGCCGCGCGGGGGGUGAAUCGGACUCUAAAGGAGCAUAAUGCAGGUUGUUCUGGAUCAGGAUUUGCGUUCCCCCGCCUCGUUUUUCAUAUACAGCUAGAAAAGCAGUUUGAAACUGUAGCUCAUACAGUUGCUGGAUGGUUAUUUCCUUUAAAUCGUCCCACUCUGAACUGCUAGGAAACGUCCAUGUCCCCCGGCCCAUACAGAAGACACUGUAAUUAGACAAUGUGGUGAAAACCAGCAGCCUGUGCUUCAGUUAAACUUGAACGUUUAUUUAAGGAAAUCUUUUUAUUUGACUACAGUAUACAUUUGCUUAAUCUUGCACAUCUGAGAAAAUUAACUUCAUGUUUAAACUGUACUGAUGUAUAUUCAUGUUCCUUUUUGUUUUCGUCUGUAAAUGGGGAAGUGAUAUAAUGGCGUUAUAGGAACGAGGCAACGUUUUGUAAUUUAAAGCUGAGUUGAUCAGAUGAACAUAUCAGCUAAAAAAACACUUAAAUUAAGACACUAAAGCAGAUGUGAAUCCAUUCUGUCCUUUAAACUUGUAGAUUUUAAAAAUAUUUUUACUUCAUAUUGAUCAUGCUUAGUGUAAUUGAAUGAAAUGUUUAUAAUUACACUGUUUAAUAUGAAAAUAAAUGCAAAUGAACAGA